AUGUAUAGUGGUAUACGUUUUUUUGGAAUUCGAGGUUAUAAAUUUGAUAGUAUAGGAGAAAGUCAAAGUUUGAGUGCAGAUGUAAUUGAAGAGUUAGAUAAAAUAAGUAUGGUUUCAUUAAAAACAAUAAAAAUUCCUGAUAAUAUAAGAAUAAAAUUAUAUAAUUUAUCAAAACAAUUUAUAAAAAAAAAAGAUUUAGAAAAAUUAGGACGUUAUAUAUCUAAAAAAAUUACAAGUAGAAAUUGUGUAGAAUUACCAAAGAUAUUAUCAUCAAAAUUAUUAUGUUAUAAUGAUGAAGAUAGAAAUAAAAUAGAAAAAAUGUUAGAUAAAAAAUCAUAUAAAUUUUUAAAAACAUUUAUAACAGAAUAUAAAAAUAAAAUUAAAGAUAUAGAUCAAGCAUCUAUAAGUUAUUCUGAAGAUAUAAGACAUAAAAUUAAUAUAUCAUUUUUUCCAGAAAUAUCUAUAGCAUAUACAUUACAUACAUUUAAUUCUAAAUAUUCUAUAUUAUAUAGAAUUUUUAAUGAAAUUAAAUUACGUAUACCAAAUUUUCUACCUACAAAUAUUCUACAUUAUUCUCAAAUACCAGCAGUAGGUAUUAUUGCAUUUAAUGAAAUUUAUAAUCAUAAGUAUGAACAUAUCCUAUCUAUACAACCAUCUGAACAUUUAUUAGCUAUAUCUAAAUAUUUGACAGAUCAUAUACCAAAUAUUCAGCAUCAAAUAAAUUUAUAUGAACAUACAAAAAAAAAAAAUACUACACAUAUACAACAUGAACAAUUUACACAAUCGUCAUAUGAUUUAAUUAUUUUAUCACAUACUCUUCUCUCAUUAUAUGAUCAUAACUCAAGAAAUAUUUUUAUUAAAAACUUAUGGAAUAAAUUAUUAAAAGGUGGUAUUAUAAUUAUUGUAGAAAAUGGCACACCCACAGGAUUUCGCAUGUUACAUGCAAUAAGAGAAAUGUUUAUUUGUGAUUUAAAAUAUGAUAAGUUUCAUAUUGUUGCUCCAUGCUCACAUGAAAGUAUAUGUCCAUUGGCUCUAACAGGUAAAGAUUGGUGUCAUUUUUCUCAACGAGUACAUAGAUUAUCUCAUCAUAUAUAUUGUAAAGGGAGUCGAGCUAAAAAUGUUGAAGAAGAAAAAUAUUCUUAUCUUGUUAUUAAAAAAGAAGAAGGACCACGUACUAAAUAUUCUAAUGAACAAGAAACUUCAACACUUCAAGAAAAAUCUUUUUUCUGGCCAAGAGUUGUUAUGCCUACUAUAAAAGCAGGAAAACAUGUACUCAUAGAUGUAUGUUCAUAUCCUCAUAAUUUUGAAAGACUUGUUGUCACUAAAAGCUCCCCUCUCAUAACCAAUCUCAAAACAAAAAAUGGUCACAUAUUAAAAGGAUAUGGAUAUAAAAAUGCAAGGAAAUUAUUAUGGGGGGAUCUAUGGAGAUUUACUAAAAGAGUAACACGUCCAGAUGCCAGAUUAUAUACGCCAGAAAAAACAAAACAGCAUUUAUAUCGUUUAUAUACAAAAAUGAAAAAAAAAAAAAAUUCCUCUUCCUUAGUAGACAAUAAGACUAAGGAGUAUUUCGAUUCUCGUUCGAUACAAUAUUACGGUUCAUAA